AUGUUGCUUUGCGAAGGUUAUACAUUGGGGCAGAUCGUAGAAGCUUGCACUCGAUUUCAAUCGGAGACAGUACAUAAGGAUCCCAUCCACGUAACCGCCCAUUUUCUUCGCGCGACGAAUGUUGGGCCUGCGGAAGUGCGCGUUAGUGUCCAGAAGAUAGGGAAAAACUUUACAAAUCUUUUAGCGGAUCUCGUCCAGGGAGGGCACACCAGACUGACGUCCCAUCUUAUUUUUGGUGAUCUUACUCCUGUGCCGGGGGAAAUUCCUCGCAGUUUAGCAGCACCAUCUCCAUAUGCUCGACGCCUACCCCUGCACGAUCAUCCUUCUGCGGCCGUCCGAGAUAGAAUGAGGCAUGUCUGGAGGUUCCACUCUCUUCUGAGUUGGUCCAUAGACCACACCAUUUUGGCGUGCAAUGCUAUGCGUAGCCAGACCCGAGUUGAUACUGAAAUCAUAGGUGGAGGAGGCGUCGAAUGGGGUGCAUGGUGUGAGCUAACCAGACCAGAAGAUGAAAUAAAGCCUUCAUCUAUUCCAUUUUUCGGGGACAUGUUUCUCAAUAUCCCUUCCCUCCUACCUGACUCAGAGCCAGCUAGUCACGGAACAUUAGAUUGUUGGUUCCCGACCGUGACCAUGACAGUCGAAUUCAAGGCCCGUAUUCCCUCAUCUCAGGAUUAUGCUUCUCGAACGGUCGGCUUAUAUAGCGAAUCACGUUUUUUGACUGAUCCCCACGGAAGACAUAAUGCUCGCGUUGAAGUCUGGACCGCCCCUUCUGCAAUUGGCCAGGGUAAAUUAGAAGCUGGUUGGAGGGACAAGCAGUACUGCAUUGCAGUUGUUGACCAAAUGGCCCUCACUCUGCCUAUGGACCUCAAUCACCGUCAAGGCAGCAGAAACAAAGUGAUCACUAAGCUGUAGACUACUAACCGGUGAUACGGUGGUUUCGAGAGUCGAAACAUAUUUGAGCUGGACUUAGAGUUUCCACGUAUUUCCGUAUGGUCGGAAUGCAGCUAUCGCCGGUCGUAGGCAUAUGUAUGGACACUGUGGGAUGUUGCAACGUCACUCGGAUCUCGAUGUCUGGCUUAGCCGUAUAUCCAAAACUCCAUAUUUGUCUCUGCGGAGAGCCUGGAGCACAAUUCUUCCCACCGACCGUGAAAUCCGUUCUCAGGAUUAACCGAACGAGGGAUUGGCGCAGUAACCAGAAUUGGCACGUGUUGUUGACGUUCUUUGUCCUGCUCAGACCGGACACAUGGAAGCUUCGCUAUCUCUGUCUUGCUCAGACCCAGAAGCCUCUCUAUCAGAGACGGUUAUACAAAGCUCCGACUCACCGACCCUGCCUUGCCUACAAGCUU